AUGACAGGAAAUGGGCUGAGGGUGAUGGUUACGAAUCACUGUGGCGACCUGUACCGAAAAUCGGAUGAGCCGCAGAAGGAAAAGACCUUGAAGCGCCCCUACGACUACCUUAUGGCGACCUACUUAAUAAUGCAGCGCCUUUAUGUGGAAGAGGACAUUCUUCUCCUUCUCCAGCGUCGAUCUCAACACCAACGCUCAAUCACCAACAGCGAGGAGGGAACCACCUCUGCGCCGCCACAACCUCGAGUGCGUUGCUCACUUCGCCCCCAUCGUCCCGCUGGCGCAGCGUUAUCGAACUCCGAGGCACUCCGAGGUCAUCCCAACUCACAAUCAACUGCUGACGCUGCGGCGUCGGUGCCGACGUCAGCGAAGCACAAAAAUGUUAUCACCGACACCAAUAUGACGAACCAGGCUGCAGUUCUUAUGCCUCCUCCUGCGACAUCGAAACGGAGUGUCGGUCUUCAGACCCCCUCGAGGAAGGAAGUUCCCAAAAUCACCACUCUCUCACCGGGUCGUUCUGUCGAUUCUCAACUCAACCAACUCACCAAAGAUUUGCAGCAAUUAUUCCUACGAGAGGAGGUAGAGAUGGAUGUGGACGUGGAAGAGAUGGAUGGAACCACUAAGGCAACGACCAAUAGCGCCGGAGAGUUGUUGAAUAUGGGCUCAAGGCUCAACGAUACAGAUUCUUCAGAGCUGGUGGCGAUGAUGAAUUCCAGUAGGCGCUCCCAUGACAGAUCCAGCGGCUUCCGAGUGAGCGACCAGUCCCUCUCGGGCGUGAUCAGUAGCAGUGGGAGCGGAGGUGCAGGACUUUUCCGUAACAUCAUUCUGGCGCGGAAAACUUCCACUACCGCUACUACUACCACUACUGCCAACACGCCAACGUUGUCUUCGACAACCAAUGGUGUGCAGCCGACGUCGGUUUCGAGCAAAUUGAAGAAGAUCCGUGUGGGUGGUAUUGGGAAUAGCAAUAACAACAAUAACAACGUGAUGCUGGCAAGACCGGAGCUCUCGGCUGCGGAGGUGUUGGAUCGCAUUUCGGAGUCGUUAAGAAAGAACUCCAUUCGGUUUACGCUAAAGAGACACGGCUUUCUUUGCACCUUCGCCAACGACUGGGGUCGUACUCUACUCGAGUUCGCCAUCGAGGUGGUUUCAGUUGUCGGCAAGCCGAGCCUAUCAAAACGACUCCACCUUCCACCGUCGAAGAAGGCCAACAACGGUAACAACCAGCCAUCAACGGGUCCUCAAUCUGAGCGUAGUUCGUCCACCGAAUCUGGCCAUCAACAUAAUCAAAUUGGGAUCAAGAUCAAACGUCUCCAAGGCGAUGCAUUUACUUAUGCCAGUAUUUGUCGAACAGUGUUAGAUCAGGCGGAGGUGAAGAUGUUUACGUGUCUGGUGCGCAGAAGUUUCCCAUGUUACCAGCCUUCUAAUGUCUACGAGAAUAACGGAAUCAGUGUAGUGGUGAGCGUGUGUAGCAUCUCUUCGUGCCUUGCAGAGGGUAUGGUCGUUUCCAUUGAUGCUUUACAAAAAGCUUGCAUUCAUGGAGGUCAGCUGGUUAAUUUCGAAAGGAAGCCACUAGUGCGACCUUCCCGUGGACUGUAA